AUGGUUAGAUUUAAGGAGUUACCAGAUGAAGUUGUUGAACUUAUCAUCAGUUAUAUUCCAAAUACAGAAUUAGAAAGACUUUUCGAACUACCGAUUAUUGGUAAGCAUGCUUUGAGAACAUUUUAUUCUGCUAUAUCUAUUUUUGAUAAUUAUAGUCUUGCAAAACCAUUGUGGGUGACCUCCAUGGUAAAAGCUCUGUAUUUAGGUUACGAUGAAUUACCACAUGUGUCAGUUGCUGAGUAUUUGGAGUUGAGAAAGUCAAAUGCUUGUAUAUCUCCUAAGCUGUUGGUGUUUCGCAGAGAAAAAGAACUUCUUAAAAUUGCAAAGUCAUUUCCAACUUUGUUAAAAAACACAAAAAUCACACUUGGUUUAGAAUUAUCAGAGUAUUUUGAUUUAGAACACUUUAUUGAAGAAUACCACAAAUCACCCUUUGUUGUCCAUCGUAUGAAUUUAACGGUGUGCGGGUCCGAAAAAGACUUCUUGCCCACACAGUUGACUAGAAAUGUAUCAUCAUUAUUUUUUUUUCAGACAGGAAAACAUCACCGAAUAAGUAUUGCAGAUUAUUUUCAGAAUUUAACAUUAUUGCGAACUCUGGUCAAAUUUAGAGAAAUUGAUCUUUAUACUAUUCCUAGAACUAUUGAAACAUUAUCUUGCUGUUUUCAAUGUGAAAAUGUUGAUGAGGUAGAAUUGGAUUUUCCCAAAGGUCUACUUCAUUUGGACCUUACAGUAGAUGAUGAAAGACAGGUUGGUCAAGAAAACAUCAAUUGCUAUGAUAUUACUCAUUUGACUAAUCUUAAACAUUUGUCACUUAAAUGUGGUCUACAUACCGGAUAUUCGCUUAGUCUGUGGAUGGUACCAUGCUCCAUUAAAUCGCUUAGUAUCGACUGGCCAACUUUAAUUCACGGUGACAUUUCCAGCUCAUGUCCUCAAUUAAUCAAAUUGUGCAUUGCAAGGGUUCAGAAUAAUACAACCCAGAAUUGGCUGGAUAUUUUGUCUCUUCCUAAAACAUUAGAGAUAUUAGAAAUUCCAGAAACCUUUCUUUAUCGUCAUGAAGAUUUAUCCAAAAAAGAAAUGCAACAAUUGCCAAUUGGUCUUAAAUCGUUGCAAACUAGACAAAUCUGGAAAACUGACACACUGAUGGUUGUUGAUUUUACAGUGAGUGAUUUUUGCCAACUUCAAGAAUUAUGUCUUUAUCUCACGAAACCAUUGUCCAUUCUGGAUAUUCCUACUACUUUAUCAACACUAACUAUGAAUAGUUUGUCAAAAUUUGAUUUUAAUGAGUUGACUAAAUUGCACAACCUUAACGAACUAAAUAUUAGAUAUGAUUUGUCAAAAACCGGGUUUUCAUUCAACCUUCCAAAUUCUCUAAGGACUUUAUCUUUAAACGGUUGUGGACUAUCCAAGAUCAAUAUUACUAGCCCAGGAGUUAUACACUUGCACUUGGCUGGGAAUAAUUUUAAAUCCAUUGGAGAGGAUAAUUUUUGUUAUUCCAAAUACAGUUAG